CUGAUGGUCUUCAUGUGUGACAGCCGUUCAAAUUCUUAUGGUACAGAAUGACAAUACACAGACUACGUUUGAAGCCAGAGGAAUUAAGUGACCUGAGCUUCACAGGGCAAGAAGGCUCUGAGCAGCAAGCUCUGAGGGUCCCUCUGCUUCCAGCGCCGGGUGAAUGAGUGAGGCGUGAAUUCAUGCUUUAGGGAACAGCAAAGAAAAUCUUGCCAUGAAACCAUUCACUGAUGAAGAUGUAGAAAUUUACAUCCAAAGCAAGGUCGAGCCACGGCAUUAUCUGGUUUCCAAAGCAGUGGAGGAGGUGCAGACAAUCAUCCAGCAACUGACCACAGAAAUCAGCUCUAAGGCCAUACGAUUCCAGGCUAUCUUCAACUCUGGUAUUCAUAAUGAGAAUAUUAAGGAUCAGCCAGCUUUACUGGCCAAGUGGUCAGCUAUGCUUCGGGGGAAGCGCCCAUUCCACCCAUCCAUCCAGGUCUUAGCACCCAGCCAAUUCCUCAUCACAGUCCCUCUGCGUGGCCUGACUGGGUACAGGGAAUGCCAGGUACGGCACUGGCGUUAUUACACCGUGCAUGGAGCCAAGCUCCUGUCCUCCGUGCGGGACCCUGAGGAAAUACACCAAUGGCUAGAGGUGGAGCAGUUCUCAAAAAGCCUUCCACAGUGGCAUGAGACGGAUGUGAACAUCGAAGGUGAUCUGGUUCCAGCCAAAGUCCUUAUCAUCUUCCGGGAGCUGGUGGAGAAGUCGAUUAUCUCCUGUAACCUUUCCAAUAAAGUGACAGUGCUGGAGAGCUUCAGCUCAAUGGUCCGGGUAGCUGUGGAGACAUCAGAAUCCCAAGUCGAGGCAGAGCUGGUCCCUGCUGUGGAGAUUCCAACUUGCUGGCCCAAGAAAGCCCAAUGGCCUCGUUGCCUUAGGCGUUGGCCUUCUCAGGAAAAAGUACAGUGCAUCAAGUCACUUGGUUUUGACCUUUUGGCCCACUCCAGUUACCACUGGCAGCUGUGCUUCUUCCGUGCUGAGCAUAUGCUCAUGGAAGGUCUCGAUGAAGAUGGUGGUUGUCGCAUGAAGUGCUUCCGAGUCAUGAGGCAGAUGAAGGAGGAUGUCUGGUGUGCUGGAAAUAAGCCUGUCAUCACAGCCUAUCACCUUCAGACAGUGCUAUUCUGGACGUGUGAAAAAUACCCACGCACCAGGGAUUGGCGCUGCUUUCGCGAAGCCUUUCUGAGACUGGUACGGAAGCUGCACAAGUGUGUAAGCCAGCACUUCCUCAAGCAUUACUUUGUCAAGAACACCAACUUGCUCAAAUACACCAACACCAGUGACCUGGACCUGGUGGCCAGCAAGCUGGCAGUCUUCCUAGAGAACCCCAUGCUCUGCCUGGACUAAGGCAGGGAAGGUGUCUUCACCGCAACCUUGCACCUAUCCCCCACCUCCUCUCCCCAUCUGUGGUUGUUCUUUGUGUCCUUCCAGUAGACAUUGCAGCUGGCUUUGUAAGACGUUUGGCACAGGCAGCACGAAAGAGAAGAGUCAAGCUGGCAGCAGUGGGUGGUGAAAACUGAUGGGAGGAAUCGCUCGAUGCCCAGCCGAUCCAAUUUGCUUUCAACAGUGACAGUCUGCCUGGAAGCUACAGCCAGUGCAAACCAAUUCUCUGCGUCAGUGAGACAACUGGCUUGUUCUCUGUCACUAGUCCCGUGGCUCGUAAGCAGAAAGAUGGUGUAGAGGAGUCUCCCUCCCUCUGCUGCCUAGCUGUUGUGUAACCUAGCGCAUAUAUUGUUGCCACUCCCUCCUCUCUCACAGGAACAGUGAGUUUAAUUCCCUGCCUGCCUCAUUAGGCCGGCUCUGCAGAUGGGCAGAGGAACAUUUCUGAGGUGCAUUGAAGCUGGAAGGCGCUCUCAGAGAUAAUCUGUGAUUCUUCCAUCUACAAUUGAUGGGAUCCAGUCCCAGUGUGGAUAGUUAUGCUACAAAGUGUUGAAUAGCUCAAAGGGAAGGAGGAGUGGUGCGCUUUUUGUCUUCCCCUUACUGUUCUCUCCUCCACAUCCUUUUUUUUUUUUUUUCCAGUUUCUUCAAAGCUUUUUUCUUCAUGUUUGCCUUUGCCGUUUCUGUUGGUGCCAUACAAUCAGGGGGUUUUACCAGGGCAGAUUUCACUUGCACCUCUGGCUCUGUCCAGCAGGCUGGAGAAAAGCAGGUCUUUCCCAUGUAUUUUUGGGUGGUGUAUGGAAGAGGAAUAUUUUUCAAAGGCUCUUAGUUUCAAAACUCCCAGUGCUUUUUAUAUUAUGUUUAAGAAGAAGCAAGUUUUAGUGUUUGAAAAGAACAGAAUUCUAGGAUGAGUAUAAAGAAUGUUAUUC